GCGCGCCCCCGCGCGCGCAUUAAGGUAUGAAUGGCUGUCAGGCACGAGGGGACUGCGGGGGGAAAGCGUGCGAACACAAAAUAGCUGCGUUGGUCGGCGGUGACGUAAAAAGGCAGCGCCGUACUUAUUAUGGAAACUUCAUUGAUAACCUGAGACUCUUCACCAAGGGAGGAAGUGGUGGAAUGGGCUACCCUCGUUUAGGUGGAGAAGGUGGAAAAGGUGGUGACGUCUGGGUUGUAGCCCAUAACAAAAUGACUUUAAAACAACUUAAGGAUAAAUAUCCUCAGAAACGUUUUGUGGCUGGAGAAGGAGCAAACAGUCGAGUUAGUGCACUGAAAGGCUCCAAAGGAAAAGACUGUGAAAUUCCUGUACCUGUGGGUGUUUCAGUAACUGAUGAAAAUGGUAAAAUUAUAGGAGAACUCAAUAAAGAGAAAGACAGAAUUUUGGUAGCUGAAGGAGGUCUUGGUGGUAAAUUACUUACAAAUUUCUUACCAUUGAAAGGCCAGAAGCGAGUAAUUCACCUUGAUCUAAAACUUAUAGCUGAUAUUGGCCUGGUGGGAUUCCCAAAUGCUGGAAAAUCCUCUUUGCUAAGUAAGAUUUCUCAUGCGAAACCUGCAAUUGCAGAUUAUGCAUUUACAACAAUAAAGCCUGAACUUGGAAAAAUUAUGUAUAGUGAUUUCAAACAGAUAUCAGUAGCUGAUCUUCCUGGUUUAAUAGAAGGAGCACAUAUGAACAAAGGAAUGGGCCACAAAUUCCUCAAGCAUAUAGAAAGAACUAAACAACUGCUUUUUGUUGUUGAUAUUUCUGGAUUUCAGCUUUCUUCCCAAACUCAUUACAGAACUGCUUUUGAAACCAUAAUACUGCUUUCAAAAGAGUUAGAGUUGUACAAAGAGGAACUUCACACAAAACCUGCACUCCUAGCAGUAAAUAAAAUGGACUUGCCAGAUGCACAGGAUAAAUUCCAUGUACUGAUGAACCAACUCCAGAAUCCUAAAGAAUUUUUGCAUUUAUUUGAAAAAAACAUGAUUCCAAAGAAGACUGUGGAAUUCCAGCACAUCAUCCCCAUCUCUGCAGUUACUGGAGAAGGAAUUGAUGAACUAAAGAGCUGUAUAAGGAAAUCUGUGGAUGAACACGCCAACCAGGAAAAUGAUGCAUAUCAUAAGCAGCAGUUGCUUAACCUACAUAUUUCCAAUACAAUAUCUUAUAGUGAGCCACCAUCAAAGAAUGCUGUUUCUAGUCCUAGAAUGGAUAUAACUUAAAUGUAUUAAAGGUGAUACCGAAAUUGUGUUCAUUUGAAAGCUCUUUGACUAACACUUUUUAGAAUGUUGGUUGUUACUAAACUGGUGUAUAUACAUCAUUCAAGAACCAUGUUUUUAAAGAUGUUUUGUAGUUAACAGAUUAACAGAUGUUUUAUUAACAGAUUAAAAAAAAAUAACAGGGUUAAAAAUGACAGUUUAUAAUAUUAUGGCCAUCAACCUGUAAUAAUGUCCUAUAGUAUUCUAUAUGUAUGUAUCUAGUGAGAUAAUUGUUAAAAUGAUAAAAAAGGAUUCCUUAUGAGCAACUAGGUUUUAUUUGUUUUUGAGUUUGUCAUUACCUGGUUCCCCUAAAUUAGUAAUAGUUCUCUUUUUUGUGAAAAACUUCAAACUCCUGAAUUUGAACAUAUUCACAAAUAAAGAUUACUGAUAAUCAGCAGA